CUUCCUGAGGAACCUAACGCCCGCAGCCGGAGGUUAGCCCACGCCCUCCCCUCACGUGAGCUGUGCCGCCCCACGCCUCUACGCGCUCGGCGAGGAAAUGGUUCAACCGAAGGGGCGGUGCUAGGGUGCCCGAACUGUUCCGAUUGGCCAAGGCGUGCCAUACCACGGUGCUGGCAGGGGAGCGAGUGGUGGGCAGCCGGCGGCAGGCUCGGAGGCAGAGUCCCAGUCCCAGGCCCAGUCUCCCUCCUGCGCUGCGCGGUGACCGGCUGCCCGCCGGGAUGCAGUGGACCGUGGGCCGGCGGUGGGCGUGGGUCGCGCUGCUUCUGGCUGCGGCGGCAGUGCUGACCCAGGUUGUCUGGCUGUGGCUGGGUACGAGGAGCUUCGUCUUCCAGCACGAAGAGAUCGCGCAGCUAGCGCGGCAGUACGCUGGGCUGGACCACGAGCUGGCUUUCUCUCGGUUGAUCGUGGAGCUGCGGCGGCUGCAUCCAGGCCACGUGCUGCCUGACGAGGAGCUGCAGUGGGUGUUCGUGAACGCGGGCGGCUGGAUGGGUGCCAUGUGCCUUCUGCACGCCUCGCUGUCCGAGUAUGUGCUGCUCUUCGGCACAGCCCUGGGUUCCCGUGGCCACUCGGGGCGCUAUUGGGCUGAGAUCUCAGACACGAUCAUCUCUGGCAUCUUCCACCAGUGGAGAGAGGGUACCACCAAGAGUGAGGUAUUCUACCCAGGGGAAACAGUGAUGCACGGGCCUGGCGAGGCAACGGCUGUGGAGUGGGGGCCAAACACAUGGAUGGUGGAGUAUGGCCGGGGUGUCAUCCCGUCUACCCUGGCAUUUGCACUGGCUGACACUGUCUUUAGCACCCAGGACUUCCUCACUCUCUUCUAUACUCUUCGCUCCUAUGCCCGGGGCCUCCGACUUGAGCUCACCACCUACCUCUUUGGCCAGGACCCCUGACCAUCCAGGCCUGAAAGAAGAUCUGUGGAUGGACAGGAGCAGGCAGGCCUGCAGACAUCCACUUCUGGAACCCAUGUACGGACAGGGACAUAUUCAAACCAUGCAGAUACUGAGUUCCUGCUGUACAAGGAGGGACAUACAUGCUUAUACAUCCCACACAGAGACCCAUGGGAACAAAUGGGACAUAUAUAUAUAGAUGCCAAGACCUGUGUGUAUUGCAGGAUCAUGCACUCACACUCAUCCAGAGAGGGAGUCCCAUGUAUACCUAGGGGGCCAGUCAUAUUUCAACACAUAUCACAAGCUCCACUCACGAACUCAGGCCUUCCAGAGAUUCCUGCCUGCAAUCAGGGCUCUGGAGUUAAGGAUAGGGUGAAUAUUAUUACACUCUGCCUCUGCCUGACUUCUCAACCCAGCAGUAAUCUGGGGAGGGGGGGUAAAGGGGAAGAGGAGCUGCCCAUUGGAGGCCCCCUCACCUACAGCUAUGAUGCCCUUCCCCUUUACCUCCCCUGUCCUCACCAUAUGCCUUAUCCCCAUUCCACUUUCCUGCUAUGCAAGUGCCCCUGUGGCUUUUCCCCCAUCCUCUCAGCAACAAAGUCAAUUGGGGAACCAGAGGAAUGUAGAGAAUGCUGAAGUGAAGGUCCUCCAUCUCUGAAAGACCCCCUUUCCUUCCCUUGGAGUAUGAUGGGAAAACGGCUCACCCACCACUGAGGAGAGGCCUGAAAAGGGAGGCCUGGGUCCAAGGGGCUUUCUCUGGCCUAGAGAAGGCUUUCUCUGUGUGUGCAUACACACACCCCCAUCACCAUUUCCAGAACACUGCCCGUGCUGCAUUCUCUGUCCAUCUGUCUGUCUCUGUUAAUAAAGACCUAUUGAACAGUUCCAUUUCUUUGUGUGUCUGAGCAGCAGGGAAAGUCACUAGCUUCUGGGGGACCUCAGGAGGCCUCUCGCUUGCAAUUCAACUUAUUAGACAGUGGCUUUGGACUAUAGUAGGGACUAUAUACUUGAUUAUGCCUAAGAAUUAUGAGGCUCAUUGAGUCUACAGAUCACUGGACUCUAUCCUGAGAAAUCAGUCUUUCUGAGGUGAGGCCUUGAAAUUAGCAUAUGUAAUAAGAUCCCUUCUCAACACAAUUAUGAAUGUCACAGUUUGAGAAAUUCAGACCUGGGCGAGGUAGCCUGUCUUGUCUGUACUAUGUGAGUAAAUUACAGAAACAGUCCUCUGAAUCCAGCCCUGGAUGGCCACAGGGUGGCAGUGUUCACCCACUUUUGAGCUAAAAGGCAUCAUUCUCAAGUACUCUUUUCCGUGUUCCCAGAGUAUGGCAUCCAUCUGCACUUGGGGCAGAAGUACCUCCACCCUGUGGUCUCCUUUUAGUAGGACCCAGCACUUCUAUGGAGGAGAGGUGGGGUGGGAAGCAGACACUCUACCUACUGGUAUGAGAAUUAGGUAGGGCUAGGAAUAGAGUAAUGCAAAAGAGGGGCCUAAAGUGCACUCACACCAAAGGACCUGCUCUUCUUAACAUGCAUGCCCCAGGCACCAAACUUUCCUCACCCUUAUCUUGCCCCUCUGGGGUUGAGUAAGGCCCAGACCAUUCCCACCUCUUAGGAUUCCUGGUACGAUAAAGAUGGCAGAAAUGUGGUUAUAAUAUUAUAUAUGUUUUUAAAUUUGAUAGUCUAGUGAAUGCAUACUAAAGACUAUACGUAUAACUUCAUUUGAAAAUGACAUCAAAACUUUAAAUUAAAAAAUCUAGACAUGUGACUCUGAAUGACUAUGAAGCCCAGGCAAGUUGGCCAUCUCAACUACCAGCAUAUUGGCUAUGACAGGUCCUGACGGGCCACUCCAUUGAUCCUGGAUUGCAAAAUCAUAAGCUCCAUGGAGGAUUUCUCCCACCUGGUAAACCCAGCUCUGCUUCUAGGCUCACAGCAUAUAUCUCUCAGGUAUGUCCCAGUGCCCAUUCCUCCCCUCCACAAAUGACUAAGUUUCCAGGAUCCUCCCCAUUUCUGUUGCUAAGCCCAGUGAUCAUUUCAUAGUUCUCACCUUUCUGUUGACAAAAGUAAUCUAGGAUACAUUUUUCCUUCAUUGCCUCUUUUGUCAACUCUAUCUCCUCAACUUCCUACUUCUGAGAACUUGGUCCUUAAACUUUUUCUCCUUAUGUCCCCUCCCAAAUGAUCUCAACUAUUUCAUGACUUUAAAUACCAUCUAAUGACCAUGUAAACUGAUCACACUUGCAUCCUGUGUAAAGGUUUCUCCACACAGCAGCUGGAGGCAGACUUUCACUCUCCUGAGACAUUUCCAAUGGUCUUGCAUCUCAUUCUGUCCUUUCACCCCUUCCAUGGGCCUACUCCAAGGCCAAUGUUACCUCUGACCAAGCAUCCAACUCAUUCUCAACUACUCCAGGACCAGUGGCUUAGCUUCUCUUCCAACACAUCAAGCACCCUUCUACCUCAGGAUAUUUGCAUUGGCUAUUCUGAAUUCAGAGCUCUUUCCUAGAUAUCCUUAUAGCUCUUGUCCUUCUCACUUUUAAUUCCUGCUCAAAGAGUUCUUCUCUUAACACUUAUGUAAUAGCAUCCCAUUCUGUGGUUUUAAAAAUACCGCCACGAAUUUCUUUUUCUGUGGAUGGUGGGGAUGUUACCCAGAUCCUUGCACAUACUAAGCAAGUGCUCUACCACUGAACUGCACUCCAGCUCACUGCAGAAAUUUUGGUAUUCCUCCCCUCAAGAGGUGAAGCCUAAUUUACUUCUCUUUGAAUGUGGACUAGAUUUUCUUAUGUACUUUAAUGUAUUUAACAAAUAAUGUAUGUGAUAGUGUGUGGCUUUUAGAACUAGGCCAUAAAAAGCAUUGUAGCCUCUUUAAUCUCUCUUGAGUCACUCUGGGGGAAACCACCUGCCUUUUUAAGAGGAUACACAGCAGUCCUGUACAGAGGUCCAUGUGGGGAGAAACAGGCCUCCUACCAAUAGGUGUUUCCAGCCCCAGUCAAGCCUUCAGAUGACUGCAGCCCUGACCAACAUUUUUACUAUGGUCUCAUAAAAGACAAUGAGUCACUUGUGAAUCCCCAAUAAGUCACUUGUGAAUCCCCAGCCCACAGAAUUUUGAGAAAAUAAAUGUUUGUUUUAAACUUCUAAGUGUGGGGGUAAUUUGUUACACAGCAAUAGAUGACCAAUACAUUUUCCAGUUUCUGUUCCCCUCAACCCAAUCACAUUUUUCUCCAUGUUAUCUAUCACCAUCAGACAAUAUAUAUUUCCUCCGCUAGAAUUUUGUAUUAUAACCGGGACUUUGUUUUAUUUACACCUGUGUCCAGCAGUUCC